UUCCGGUAUCGCCACCUUCUUUGUCUCCGGCCCAACAUUUCGACACCGGGAGUUGUCUAUUUUCCUUUAAGUUUAUAGGAUAUAUUUACACAUAUAUCCCUAGUUUUCUGAUAUUGAAUGACAGUCGACUCUGAAAUAUUUAUGCCUAAAAAUAAAGCGCCAAAAAUGGAUGACCUGGACUACAUCCCAGUAGACCUGAGCCCAGAGGAGCGCUCUGAGCUGGAGGACAUCCGCAGGAGGAAGGGCGUCCUGCUGCAGGAGAUCCAGCGGCUGAGAGAGGAAUUAAGAGAGGCAAUUAUGGAGGUGGAAGGACUGGAGACCAGCACUGAGGGCAGUAAAACACUACAGAAAAGUAGGCAUGUGGCAAUGGGAAGGAAGAAAUUCAACAUGGACCCCAAAAAGGGCAUUGUGUUUCUGGUGGAGAAUGAGCUGCUCAGACACACUUCAGAAGACAUUGCUCAGUUCCUAUACAAAGGAGAGGGCCUCAACAAGACUGCUAUAGGAGAUUACCUUGGAGAAAGGGACGACUUUAACAUCAAAGUUCUUCAGGCCUUCGUUGACCUCCAUGAGUUCACUGAUCUCAACCUCGUACAGGCCCUCAGACAGUUCCUGUGGAGUUUCCGUUUGCCUGGUGAAGCCCAGAAGAUCGACAGAAUGAUGGAGGCCUUUGCUCAGAGAUACUGCCACUGCAACCCCGGCGUCUUCCAAAGCACUGACACAUGUUACGUGCUGUCAUUUGCCAUCAUUAUGCUGAACACAAGCCUCCAUAACCCAAAUGUGAGGGACAAACCUGGAGUGGACCGUUUCAUCUCGAUGAACCGGGGCAUCAACGAGGGGGGCGACCUGCCGGAGGACCUGCUCAGAAAUCUCUACGACAGCAUUAAAAAUGAGCCCUUCAAGAUCCCAGAGGACGACGGGAAUGACCUGACGCACACCUUCUUCAACCCGGACAGAGAGGGCUGGCUUCUUAAACUUGGGGGACGAGUGAAAACCUGGAAACGGCGAUGGUUCAUUCUCACAGACAACUGCCUUUAUUACUUUGAAUAUACCACAGAUAAGGAGCCUCGAGGAAUCAUUCCUUUGGAAAAUCUUAGCAUCCGUGAGGUAGAAGACCCACGGAAACCUAACUGCUUUGAGCUGUACAUCCCCAACAACCGUGGUCAGCUGAUUAAGGCGUGUAAGACGGAGGCUGAUGGGAGAGUAGUGGAAGGAAACCACAUGGUGUACCGUAUCUCUGCCCCCACACCUGAGGAGAAGGACGAAUGGAUUCACAGCAUCAAGUCUGCUGUCAGCGUUGAUCCCUUCUACGAAAUGCUUGCUGCCAGGAAGAAACGUAUAUCACUUAAGAAGAAGGAGGAACAACCGUAGAUGAUUCCCUUUCUUCUCUCCCUGUCUUCCUUUGUUUUUCUCACCUCUCCUUCCAACACUGGGCACAUUUUUUCAUCGCUGCUCCUUACUACCUGUUCAUAAGUUUUAUUACCACCCAUCCUCCAUCCCCAAACACAUCCUCUCCCCAACAUGAAGACCCCUUGCUAUCCUGUCCACCAGACUCUUGAAAGCCACAUUCAGAGUGAAGAGCUCACCCGCUGUGGCUGCCUCUUAUUAUCUUACACUACCGCUGUUAUAUACAGACUGACACACUACAGCCAGAGCACACCAUCUAUCGCGUCUUCUCACCACAUUCCUCUCACGUUCAGCAUUUAAGAGAACAGGUCUGCUGACUAGCGUGACUUAGACCAUAUUCCUACUAAUGUUGGUGAUCUCAAAAAAAUCCACACUUAGCUAGCUUUUCAAGCUUGCUUGACAAAUGUUCAAACACAUGGAAAAUGGAGGAUUCAAAAACACUACAAUUGUAGUUAUCCUGAGCAUCUUAAUUCUUUUGCAAGAAUCUUCCUUUUUUCUUCCUACUUCCAUCUUCAGAGUUGCUCAGUAAACCAAAAACGGCAGUUAUUUGGCAGAUGUACUCAAGCCUGCUGGCUGAAGCAGCGUGUGCAUGUUUGAUAGGAGACAUUUUUUAUUCCUCUAUUUUUCUGGUUUUUCAAUAUGUACGGCUUUUAGACAACUGGGUAAAAAUGUUAGUGUGGAAAUAUUUUUGAUAUCCAUCUGCAUUAGUGUGAACAUGGUCUUAUUCAGGGUAGCAAGCAGCUCCAGUACUCGUUAAGUCACAUUUAUUGAUGCAGAUUAAAAGAGAAAUUGCCUUUUUUUUUUUUUUUUUUGAUUGUGCUUACCCCAGACAAAAUGUGAAUUCACUACUCAAACACUAACACAAUGUUUAUCAGAAUCAGUUUAAGUCAAAGAUGCAAGCAAAGCAAACGAUUUCAGGUUACUGAGAUGCACCCAUUGCUUCCUGUAGUACUCUUAAUGGCUUAGAGGCACAUUACUACACUUAGAUACCAUGAUAUAAGGAAAAUGUCACUGUUUGUUACUGUUUACAUUUACACAAGAUUUAAAUCACCAAGUUACUGUUGAUCUUCGACUAUGGCCAGAUUUCUCUCCUUCCAGAUAGCUGCUUGUUUCAGCUCACUGAGACAACUUAAAUGUUUUUCAGCAUGUUUUUUAACAUGUUUGAGCAAUAGCAGAGAAAACCGUAGAUCCAGUCUAACACUAAGGGUCAUUGCGUCCUCUCAGAUGGAAUGUUCUAGCAUGCCACAAGUCAUUUACUUCUUACUCAGCAUCAGCAUCUCUCUCACAAGUAAUAACUCUGUCAGACAUUUAACUAGUCUGUCCUCUAUAGUGGGUUUCAAGAAAUCACAAAGGCAGCUCAUUACAAUGUAUACCCUUUUUUUGUAAAUAGAUGUUAGCAUAUUUGUUUGAUACACAUAGAAAUGAUUUAAUUUAUUCUUUCUUUUGUUAAAAUCUGAUUUUUGUACGAGCUACUGUAGGAUUGCAUGUCAAUCAGUCGUAGGUACUGAUGCAUCGCUGAUCAUGCUAUAGUGCACUGAUUUGAAAAGUUAGUGUUCCCUGUUGACUUUGAAAAAUUGCAUUUAAUAUGGAAAUAGAUAUAUGCAUAAAGUAAAUGGUCUUGAUCAUAGUGUUUAUGGAAAAUCAAGAUAUUUAGGAAAUGUUUAGUAUCUGUUGACCACCAUGGUGGAAAAAUAGAUUCUGUAAAGCACAAGUUGUAAUCAGUCUCACACAUGUUUUUGUUUCAUUGGCUACUCAGAAUCAAUUUGAAGUGUGAGGAAGAUAUCCAUAAGCUGAAAUUGGAAAUUUUUUAUCAUAUGCCACAGUGGUGCAAGAUGAAGAGCAUUGAAAACAUGGAACACUAACAAAGCUUUGAUUCAUUAUAUAAUAGUAAAAUUAUUCAGAUGUAAUGAAUCAUUAACAAGUUUAGAUUUGUGUCCAGUGAUAGAUUUGCUUGACAUCCAAUUCAUAAACUUAUUUCUAGUAGUUUAUUGGAUUGGCAUUUUUAGAUGGUAGUGAAAAUAAUUGUCUACUGCACUUUAUCAAUUUUAGCAUUUUGGAGAAAAUGCUGUUACUAUGACUGACAACUCUUUAGCACCCUCUAUUGGUGAUCUCACACACUGCAACAUGCUGAAGGAUGAACCAUGAACUACUAGUAGAAAUACUGUAUAACGCCACCUCCUGGUCACGGCCAGCUAUAGCAGUAACAGUUUCAGACUAACAUGUACUGCAUUUGUUGAGCUUCAUUUGUUCACCUUAUAAAUAUCAUGUUGUUUGAAGCUGAAUUGGGUCUCCUCUCUGAUUAGAACAUGCAGAACUUGUUUUAAAGACACAGCAAGUGAUGGGUCCUUCAAAUCCAGAUCUACGAUUGCCUUUUACUCCUACUUCAUCAUACUGAUAAAGGGCCUCACUUUAGAUCUCCAUGUUAGUGCUUCUAGAUGUAACAUGGACUGUAUGUAGGCCUUUCCUUUCUGGGUAUUCUUGAAGUGCAAAGUUGCCAAAAACAUGGUUGCGACAACAAAUAUAUCCAUUAGAACAAAAGAAUUAACAUUGAAGUGAUCAGACUGAAACUGGGCCUCUGAUUCCUGUGACCCCAGAGCAACCUCUUUCAGAAAAUGUGUUUAUUUUGUAAUUAUUUAUUUUUUAUUUACUGUGAGGUGAAGAUGGAUAGAUCAUCUGUAAAUGUAGCAAAAGGAAAACCACAAAACAUUGGUGCCAGUAAACUACUGUGUAACAAUAAAAGGUAAACAGAU